UUAUUCUAUACAUUAAAUUUAGUUGCGGCCUACAUUUCAAAGUGUUUUCAUUCAAAUUAUGGCAAUGAUUUUAAAAUUAUUUACGUUGUUGCUGACCAUCUCUCAGAGCAGGAGCAAUAAACGGCUCUUGGGUAAUCCUGGAUUUGACAACGCUGAUGCCUGGGAAUCUGGCUACCUGCCUUGUGCACUUGAGCAAGUCAUAUUUCCCGAAACAUAUCCAGCCGUGCUGCCACUUCCAAACAAAGUGGACAUCAGCGGAUUGGUGUUGCCACGUGAUGGCGCCAUUAUAUUCAGCGAUGAGUCCACCAUAACAUUAGGCGGUGAGUUGCAGCAACGCGAAUGUGAAAAUGGACGCAGUCGCCGCGCCUAUUUGAAGACGCCCUCAACAAGAAAAUGGUAUGAUCCCAACAGUUGGGUUAGCACCACAGCACAUGCAGAAAACACAGCCAUUCCGCAUUUGGAGCGCGUACCUUGCGAUAAUGAGACCGUGGUCUUGCAACGUACUGGACCGCUUUCGGUGGAUUUGGAGAAUAUUGCUUAUUUAAGGAUGGGCCAUUUGAAUUUGGCAGGCUCAUUGAUAUCAAGCGACUACUUGAAUUAUUUAAUACACACUGACAUUGGGCAGCUGCUUUUCAAAAACAGUUUGGACACAAUGGUGCAGUAUUAUCAUCAGGACACCUGCGGUUGUCAAAUGGACGCGUAUUUGUUCACUGAACCGAUUUGCAAGAAUGUUAUUGAGACUUGUGAACGACCACACUGUUUGGUGCCAGUAACGCCUCUCGAAAGUUGCUGCCCGAUUUGCGGCUCUGUAUUGCGCUUCGCCAUGGAGUACUGCAGCGAGCGAAAUUUGAAUAAACUGCGCAAAUUGAUUGCUGCUGCUAUCAAGGAGCAAGAACUUACCGCAGAUUUGGAUUACCACAUUAACUAUGUGAACACACCGCCGCAGGGGAAUUACCUGCAGGCAAUUGUAGUCGAUCGUGAUGGCUAUAGCGAGAAAAGUGUGCGCUUUAUGGCGCGUUUAAAUGCCACAACCGAUUGGUCCAAGCUGUUUGAAGGACCACAUCAACUGGAAAUGAUCACUUCUGGACGCCCUUAUAACCCGAAUAUAACCUUCGGAUCCAUCGUGCUGAUCAUUCUUUGUCUGGCGUUUGUGUCUCUGGUGGCCUUAGUCAUGUUCGCGCAUUAUGCGCCAGACCAUCGCUAUCUGCAUCUGGUGCCACAAUGGACAUACGACCCGAACCGUUGGCGUGCAUUCUUACUGCGUUCGUCUGUCAUGUUUGCACGUUUUGAUAAUGUGACAGCAGGUGGCGUCGACGCCGAUGUAACUGACGGCCCAACUAUGGGCUAUGAUGCCGAAAGCGGUCAGGUACGAGAGCGCGCCUUCGAUAACCCGAUGUUUGGGGGGGUAGGGGCUGGAAUUACCUCCACCUCUGCGGCAGUUAGCACACAAUCGGCACAUGGAAGUACCACAACGACAGCCGCCAUUGUCACCGUGGGCAUGCCAAAAGUUAAAGAGCAAAAGUUAGCAAUGAAGUCGAGCGGCAGUAAAUUAGAAAGCGUCACCUUAGUCGAUGCCAUGGAAGGCAGUGACAACGAGGAAGCACAAGAAUUGACUGAAAUCACACUAGAGGACUUGACGGGCGUGAACGACGGCGCAGAGGAGGAAACAAAGGAGUAAGUGAGCGCAUGUACCAGUAUUGGUGUUAGCGUUGCGGCGCAUUCCACCUGACGGUGGAAUCAUUAAAUUCAGUAUAUUUUUGGUUUGCUUACACAUAUAUAUUCAGAUACUUUGUGGAAUUUAACUCAUACAUAAUAAAGCUAUAAAUGGAUAUGCGAAA